AUGACUAAUAGUGAAAUAGUUAAUCAAUACAUUCCCAGUAAUGACAGAGCUGACGGAAAACCAAUGACUGUUCUUGGAUUAUAUUGGAAUCCAAAGGAAGAUACAAUUGCACUAAAACCUACGGAAGCCCAUGAAGUCGAGACUAUAACCAAGCGUGUUAUCCUGAAAGUCGUAGCUUCAACAUUUGAUCCGCUUGGAUUAUUUUCUCCAGUAACUUUGAAUGGAAAGCUGCUGAUGCAACAGCUGUGGAAAGAGAAGCUUGAUUGGGAUGAUAUCGUUUCAGAUGAACAUGUCCAAGAGUGGAAAACAAUCAAGCUCGAUCUUGAAAGGAUACCCACCUUCAAAUUGAAAAGAUGUGUUACCAAUGAAGCUGAUGACAGUGUGACCUACAGUUUGGUGUGUUUUUGUGACGCCUCUGAAAGGGCGUAUUCGUCGGCUAUUUAUCUUCGCCAAAUAACCGACAGGGCCAUCAAAGUAGAGCUUAUCUUUUCUAAGGCAAGACUUGCUCCUGUGAAAGGAAUGACCAUUCCAAAAUUAGAGAUAAUGGCAGUUGUCAUCGGUGUUAGAUGUUUAGAGUAUGUUCAGAGUCAGGUCGGUGUGCCGAUUGAACAAUCGGUGUUAUACACCGAUUCUCAAUGUGUAUUAAAGUGGAUUUCAUCUGAGAAGAAACUUCCGGUGUUUGUUCAAAAUAGGGUAAAUGAGAUCAAGAAGCACACCGGUAUAAGAUUUGCAUAUGUAAAGACAACUGAAAACCCAGCUGAUAUCGCUACACGUGGAUAUACUGUUGAAAAGCUUACUAAAAGUGAAUUGUGGUGGAACGGACCAUCUUGGUUAAUGGACAGGUGUUAUAGUGUUCAUUGUGACUCAGAAUCAACAAUGUGCGUAUCAGAUACAUGCGUAUGUGUUGAACUGGGAAAUGAGCCAAGUGGUGAAAAUGAAAAUCAGAAGCAUGAACUCAAAACGAGCGACGAGUGUAAUGCACCGUUUGAUAUUCGGUAUGACACAUUCUCUUCCGUGACGAGACUCAUACGAGUUACAGCAUAUGUGAAACGAUACUUAGAUAAUCUGAGAUCUCCAGAAAAUAAGAAACGUGGUGCUCUCUCAACUUCAGAAAUAUGUGAAGCAGAGUGGUUAUGGUUAAAGUACAUUCAGAAGAAACACUAUGGAGACGUUUAUCUGGCUAUCAGCAGCAAGAAACCUAACAACCUACAACGUCAGCUAAACUUGACUCUAGACGACAGGGGUAUUUUGCGUUGCAGGGGAAGACUGCAAUAUGCAGAACUCACUGAAGGUUCGCGAAAUCCAAUACUGUUGCCUAGAAACGACAGGUUCACUCAACUGUUGAUUGAACAACAUCACAAACAAAUCAUGCACUGUGGAGUUUCUCAAACAUUAAGCUGUGUGCGUUACAAGUACUGGAUUCCUCAAGGACGAGCAGUGGUUAAAUCAGUACUUCGUCAGUGUAAUGUGUGUCGUCGUUCUGAAGGCGGUCCGUACAAAGUUCCGGAGAUGCCACCUCUGCCAAAAUCACGAGUGACAUCAGCACAGCCAUUUACAAACACAGGACUGGAUUAUUUGGGUCCCUUAUACAUCAAAUCGGCUGCUGAAAAGAAGAAAAUCUGGCUGUGUCUAUUUACCUGCUUAGUAACCCGUGCAAUACAUUUAGAGGUAGUGCAAGAGUUUCUCCUUUCAUUCAGGAGAUUUGUAGCAUUGCGUGGUGUUCCGAAUGCAAUAACGUCCGACAACGCAUUACAGUUUAAAACAGCUGGCGCUACAAUGGAUAUGUUGUGGUCACACACACUUAAACACGAGGACGUUACUAGUUAUAUGUCCGAAAACAGAAUAAAGUGGCAUUUUAUUGUCGAACGUGCACCAUGGUUUGGCGGAUUCUAUGAGAGGCUUGUUGGCUUAGUUAAGAGGUCAUUACGCAAGACACUUGGCCGGAAGUUGCUAACUUUGAUUCAAAUGCAAACAGUUAUGAGAGAAGUUGAAGCGGUAGUGAACGCAAGACCGCUCGUGUAUGUUGAUGACGACAUCAACUCAACCAUUUUCUGA